AUGCCAAAAAUAGCACAGAUCGAAUACUUUCGUGUUCCACCACGGUGGUUGUUCGUCAAGAUUACUGAUGAUGCCGGAAACGUAGGGUGGGGUGAAGCAUCUUUAGAAGGUCAUACGAAUGCUGUGGAAGGCUGCUUAGAUGCAUAUAUUGAACGUUAUACGGGAAUGGAUGCCGACGACAUCGAGCACAUCUGGCAAACUUCCUAUAGGAUUGGUUUCUAUAGAGGCGGCCCAGUUCUUAUGAGUGCUUUGGCCGGAAUUGACAUUGCAUUAUGGGAUCUAAAAGCCAGGAAGUUGGGUGUCCCGAUAUAUCAGCUGCUCGGUGGUAAAGUCAGAGACAAAAUAAAGGUCUACGCCUGGAUCGGAGGAGACCGGCCCUCGGAUAUUGCAGCCCAAGCCGAAGCGAGGAAAGCUCAAGGCUUCACUUCCAUAAAAAUGAACGGAACCGAGGAUUUGGGCUGGUUAGACUCUCCAUCUGCUCUGGACGACUGCGUUGAGAGGUUAAAAGCCGUCAAGGCUCUUGGUAUGGACGCGGGCAUCGAUUUCCACGGACGGGUGCACAAGCCAAUGGCGAAACAGCUCGCAAAAGCACUUGAACCACACCGUCCCUUGUUCAUCGAGGAACCCUUGUUAUCAGAGCAUCCCGAUGCCAUUAAAGCACUCUCACAAUUGACCACCUCACCAAUUGCUCUUGGCGAGCGUCUGCACAGCCGAUGGGAAAUCCGCCCGUUUUUGGAGUCAGGAGCAGUGGACAUUUUGCAACCAGAUAUCAGUCAUUGUGGAGGCAUUUCUGAGAUGCGUAGGAUUGCCGCCAUGGCUGAGACCUACGACGUAGCACUGGCACCUCAUUGCCCACUUGGACCAAUAGCUCUAGCUGCAAAUGUCCAAAUUGCUGCUGCAACUCCUAACUUUGUUAUCCAGGAGAUGAGUCUCGGAAUACAUUACAAUGCUGGAAGUCAGGAUUUGACUAGCUACACGCACAACCCGGAAGUUUGGAAGGUCACUGGUGGUUAUAUUGAUUUGAUGAAGGGGCCUGGACUAGGGAUUGAGGUGGACGAAGAGCAGGUGCGAAAGUUCUCAAAGGAUGCCAAAGCUUGGCAAACUGCGACCAUGGCGGAUGACCCUGAUACGUUACAGCAAGCCUCUUCGCCGAUUAUGAAUGAGGGUAGAAAUGCAUCGCAACCGCCGUCUGCUAAACGUCAGAAAAGGGAUGAAGCGGAGCGCUCGCGUGCAACCCGAGCGUGUGAUCGAUGCAAGAAGAAAAAGACUCGAUGCAGUGGGAGACAACCAUGUACUCUUUGCACCCACUCCGGAAAGAAUUGUGAAUUUACCGCUGCAUACACACGGGGCCGUGUUCCAUCCAUUUUCCCCGAAGGGACCGACCAACCUGAAGCCAUAGGUCCUGUAAGCAUGGCGACCAUUGCUAGGCCCCCUGAAGUACCAAUUCAGACCCAGCGAGAGCCUCAUGAGAUGAACUCGCUGCCAAGUCCGAUUAGCGAUCAGCUAGUGCAAGCUCAGUAUCGUGAGAGCACAAGGGAUACAGCCCACCUGCACCUCCCCAGAGCUCAGCAUGUAGAAUCGAGAGGUCAAUCAUCUCGCAACUCACCCGAGCCGUCACAAACGGAUCUCCAGGGGCAUUAUGUUGGUCCGUCAUCUGGCGUCUCGUUCCUCCUGAGAAUUCAAAAGAAACUACACGAGAAAAUAUCCUUUACUCAAAAUUCUUCCAUCUUCACAUUUGGAGAUGCUCCAUUGCCAGAAUUUGAUUCGUCGCUUUUUGUCCUUCCACCAAAAGCCGAUGCUCGGAGGCUUGUGGCAAGGUAUUUUGAAUUUGCAGUAGCAACACAUCGAUUUCUCCAUCGUCCCACUGUUGAAGCGUGGCUGGAAGAAUUCUACGAAAACCUUGGGGUGAUGCGACAAAAGGUCGGUGCCAAAGAGAAGACAGCUCUGCUCUUCAUGGUCUUUGCCCAGGCAAAGGAGUAUAUGCCAGAUGCUUCAGUGUCAAACAGUGUAGAUACCAGUGCUCGAUAUUUUCAAGCUGCUGAUCAUCAGCUCGCAUCUGAGACAGGCGAGAUUCGUUUGACAAGUGUCCAAGCACGACUAUGUCAAUGUUUCUAUCUAUUAUCCCAGUCGCGCGUUAACCAUUGCUGGAGUCUUUUCGGCACCACUGCCCACCUUUUACUUGCGAUUGGGAUACAUCGAAAACGACGCAUGGAAAAUUCCAAUGGGAUAGAUCUAGUGGAGCUUGAAUGUCGAAAGCGAGUAUUCUGGUGUGCUUACGGUCUCGACAACUAUCUAAGUGCUGCUCUUGGGAGACCACGUACAUUUCACGACGACGAUAUUGACCAAGACCUUCCGAUGAUUGUGAACGAUUCAGACCUCACCCCACAACAUAUCAACAUCGGUAACACAAGAUCUCAGUCUAUAAUGAUGGCAUCUGUUGCUCAUAACACACUUGCGAAAAUCAUCAGUCACAUCCUACGCGAUCUCUACCCCAUUAAACCCCCUUCCUUACACGUUCGGGUUACAUUAAGUACGAAGUAUUCCGAGGAUUUACUUCAUUGGCGCAAAGGGCUCUCUAGAUUUUUGGAUGAAGGUGUUGAUACCUCGUUACUCAUCCCACUUUUUCAGCGCCAACGUAAUGUCUUGAAUCUUGCUUAUUACCAUGCACUAAUUCUGGUCCACCGGCCUUUUCUUUUGAGCAAUUUUGCAAGUCUAAAUAGCAGAAAUUCACGUCCUCGAGGAGCACCCGGAACGCCAGAUAUGGACAAAAACGUUGGUGAAUGCCUCACUGCAGCAAUGCAUAUUGCUGCUAUCGUGAAUGAUUUAACUGAGGGACAGCAAAUAUAUCGUGCAUUCUGGUUUACUCAUUAUUUCGCAUUCUGUGCUGUUGUUGUACUUUACGUGUACGCAAUUCAACAACGACAUACCCCACAAGAUAAAUACCAGUCCUACAUAGAUGCUGCAAAGAAGUGCCAGACUCAAAUAUCAUCGAUGGCCGAGAACGAAUCUCUGGCUCAGAGAUAUAGUGUUGUACUUGAAGAAUUGCGACUCGAAGCGGUGAAGCAAACACAACAGCAAGUAGAGUCACAAAAUGGCAACUCGGAUAUGGCGUCAACACUUCAACGGGAUUCAACAGUUUUUCAGGCAUCAACAUAUUCAGGUCAAAUGAAUAGUGCAAAUCAGCCGCCACUACCUGGGUCUGCCGUCGCUGGCGAUUUAUUCCCGGAUAUCUCGGACGGAACAAUGUUUGGUGGCGCUCAGAAUGCGACGACCCCAUCAAGUCUUAUGGCGGACUUGACCAGUUGGGGAGAGUUUGAUUCAUUGGUAACCGCCGGAGUAGGUGGGCUCGAUUUUAUGUUUAUGGGCGAUCCUAAUCGACCUUGGGAUGAGAAUACCGGAACUGGUGUAGGGGGGGUGUUGCCAAGCUGA